UCUGUGCCGUCGGGCUUGAAGCACUGUACGCACCCUUUUCACCCGGACUCUUUUUGUUGUCGGACGGUGCGGAUAAUGGCAGCAGCGAUAGCCGACUGUGAAGUUAACGACGAAAGCAAUGAUCCUGGAGCAGCACCAUUCGGAAAUUUUAUUAAUUACUAUUCGUUCAAUCCCCCAGAGAACCGACUGAGUCUCAUACCGAGAACGCUUCUUCAAGAUAUCGGAUACAGCACUGAGAGAAGCGAACCUAUACUUGUGCUUGACGUGGGGUGUAAUUCAGGGGAUUUAAGCGUGGCUCUAUAUGCGCACCUGACAGGGCACUGCGCUAGUGGGGACGCAGCUGAAACCGGGGAGCUUCGCCUCCUAGGUGUCGACCUGGACGAAGAUCUUAUUCUCCGGGCAGAACAUUCCAACCCUUUCCGGGAAAACGUCUCUUUUAUUCCUCUGGAUGUCACACAUGAUCGGGACAGUCGGACACAGCUGGAGGGUUACCUGGCGAGGUUUGGGCGCUCGCGCUUUCACCUGUGCGCGUGCCUGGCCGUCACCAUGUGGGUGCAUCUGAACCACGGCGACGCCGCGCUGCUGGAGCUCCUUGGCCGCCUGGCCUCCCUCAGUGACCACCUUCUCCUGGAGGCGCAGCCCUGGAAGUGCUAUCGCUCUGCGGCCCGCCGUCUGCGCAAACUGGGCCGCCGCGACUUCGAUCACUUCAAGACACUUGAGAUCCGAGGGGACAUAGCGGAACGUGCCAGAGAGCAUCUGGAGAGGCAGUGCGGUAUGGAACUGUUGCGCAGCUUCGGAAGCACGUCCUGGGACCGCAAACUGCUACUCUUUGGCAGACGAGAAAUGAGGCGGGAAGAAAUAUAAGUUUAUGAGACUUAUUGUGAUGUGACUCGCCAUUACUACGACCCUAUGCAGCCAAAGUGGAUGAUGUUAUAAUUUAUUUUCCUUCUGGCAAUAUUCAAGGAGAUAUGGGUUUGAAAAACGAACUAUACAAUAAACUACAGUUUUACAUAUGUUUUAGUAAUUUCAUUACCUUUGUGAAUGAAUAUUUAUGUGGUUUAUAUUGUCAUUCUCAUACUGUGUUAUCUGUGUAUUGCAUAACCACAGAACAUUUUGGUAAACGAACGUUAAAUGAUGAAGUUAAAUGUGUGUAUUGUGGGGGCGCUGUGUUGCCGCAAGGGGGCGGUGAUGUUCUCUGCCUAACAUAUAAGCGGACUUCCCUGGACUGCCUGAGCCCACGAGCCAUGUAAUGAACUAGUAUAUCUCCUGUGACUCAGUUCGCAUUAAAUGUUUUCUGCUCGCAGGAUAGUAAUGAUACACGAUCUAUAAUAGAUAAAUGUGACGUGAGAAAUCCUUGGGAA